AUGGCGCAGCUCUCGACCUUCCGCCAAGCGCUCUCGCAGUCGCGCCGACCCCUGAUUCUCGCGGGGGCCGGCCUGAGCGCAGCCUCGGGCAUCCCCACCUUCCGUGGUGCUGGAGGACUCUGGCGCUCACACGACGCCAUGUCCCUCGCGACGCCCCAGGCAUUCCGGGCGGACCCGGCGCGAGUGUGGGCCUUCUACCACUACCGCAGAGAAGUCUGUCUCAAGGCAAAGCCGAAUGGCGCACACGACGUCGUGGCAAGGCUGAGCGGGCGCGAGAGAGCGAAAGAGGUGUUUCCGAGCGCGGUUGACGUGCCGACGUUUGUCACGCAGAACGUCGACGGUCUGUCUAUUCGAGCGCUGGAAGAGGGCGAAAAGGCGCCAAUCGAGAUGCACGGCUCCCUGUUCCGGACUCGUUGCACCUCGUGCGGGACAGAGAAGCCCAACUUUAACUCGCCGGUCUCCGCGGGGCUCGUCGGGACCGAGGAUCUGUCGAAAGAGUACCGGGCCGUGCCGCUCGAGGACCUGCCCCGGUGCCAGGAGCGAAGCUGCGGUGGUCUGCUGAGACCGGCCGUCGUCUGGUUCGGCGAGUCGAUUCCCGAGCUCAGUCGCAUUUCGCAGCAUGUGCAACGCGCAGACCUCGUCCUGGUCCUCGGCACCUCGUCCACCGUGUAUCCCGCCGCGGGUUUCGCGAGCGAGGUCCGCAGUCGAGGCGGUAAAGCGGCCGUCUUCAACCUCGAAGGCACACUUGGCAGCAGCGAAGAGAGUGAUGGGGACUCGGACUGGUUCUUUCGCGGGCCAGUGGAAGAGAUGUUACCCUGGGCACUGGGAAUCAAGAGCUCGUCGUUGUAG